AGCCCGGCGGCGCCCGCACGGCCGGGGGGGAAACCCAGGCGUCCCGCGGCUCGCCGGGAGCGCCUCCUCCCCCCGGGGGGCGCCCCAGCCGUGGCAGCCUUGGCCCCGUGGGCCCCACUGAGCGAGCGGCAUGCGGCACCCCCGGGCCUGCCCCGUGUCCUUCGGCCCGCUGCCCAGCCCCCCCAGGAGGCCCUGACGCCCUGGGGGCACUUCUGCUGUGCACAGGACCACGUGGGGGUUUGCCAUGGUGACAUAAAGGCGCGCGGAGGAAGGAAGGAACGCAACCGGCCUGCGGACUGUGCCCCUGGCUGGGAGGAAGGGCCGGGGGCCCAGAUCCCCCACUCCUGCUGCCCACUGAGGGCCGCGCUUGCUAAGUGACUGUGAAUUUGUUGGUCAGUGGACGACUCUGCUCUCUCCUCCUGCGUGGGGCCUGGGGGUGGCCGGGGCAGAGGGGCCUCUGGAGGCCGAGGUCUGGGGGCCAGGAUGCCCGCCCUGGCGCGCCUCCGCAGGCUGUGUCGGCACGUGUCCCCGCAGGCUGUCCUUUUCCUGCUGUUCAUCUUCUGCCUGUUCAGCGUUUUUGUCUCGGCCUACUACCUGUAUGGCUGGAAGCGGGGCCUGGAGCCCUCGGCAGACGCCCCUGAGCCUGACUGUGGGGACCCGCCCCCUGUGGCCCCCAGCCGCCUGCUGCCACUCAAGCCCAUACAGGCGGCCGCCCCCUCCCGCACGGACCCACUGGUGCUGGUGUUUGUGGAGAGCCUCUACUCCCAGCUGGGCCAGGAGGUCGUGGCUAUCCUGGAGUCCAGCCGCUUCAAGUACCGCACGGAGAUCGCACCGGGCAAGGGUGAUAUGCCCACGCUCACCGACAAGGGCCGCGGCCGCUUCGCCCUCAUCAUUUAUGAGAACAUCCUCAAGUACGUCAACCUGGACGCCUGGAACCGGGAGCUGCUGGACAAGUACUGUGUGGCCUACGGUGUGGGCAUCAUCGGCUUCUUCAAGGCCAAUGAGAACAGCCUGCUGAGUGCGCAGCUCAAAGGUUUCCCCCUGUUCCUGCACUCAAACCUGGGCCUGAAGGACUGCAGCAUCAACCCCAAGUCCCCGCUGCUCUAUGUGACACGGCCCAGCGAAGUGGAGAAGGGCGUGCUGCCUGGCGAGGACUGGACCGUGUUCCAGUCCAACCACUCCACCUACGAGCCUGUGCUGCUGGCCAAGACGCGCUCCUCCGAGUCCAUCCCGCACCUGGGUGCGGACGCCGGCCUGCACGCCGCUCUGCAUGCCACUGUGGUCCAGGACCUGGGCCUCCAUGACGGCAUCCAGCGUGUGCUGUUUGGCAACAACCUCAACUUCUGGCUGCACAAGCUCGUCUUUGUCGACGCCGUGGCCUUCCUCACCGGCAAGCGCCUCUCCCUGCCUCUGGACCGCUACAUCCUGGUGGACAUCGACGACAUCUUUGUGGGCAAGGAGGGCACACGCAUGAAGGUGGAGGACGUGAAGGCCCUGUUUGAUACGCAGAAUGAACUACGCACGCACAUCCCAAACUUCACCUUCAACCUGGGCUACUCAGGGAAAUUCUUCCACACAGGUACUGAUGCCGAGGACGCUGGGGACGAUUUGCUGCUGUCGUAUGUGAAGGAGUUCUGGUGGUUCCCCCACAUGUGGAGUCACAUGCAGCCCCACCUUUUCCACAACCAGUCGGUGCUGGCCGAGCAGAUGGCCCUGAACAAGAAGUUCGCUGUCGAGCAUGGCAUCCCCACAGACAUGGGCUAUGCCGUGGCGCCCCACCACUCGGGCGUGUAUCCUGUGCACGUGCAGCUGUACGAGGCCUGGAAGCAGGUGUGGAGUAUCCGCGUGACCAGCACGGAGGAGUACCCCCACCUGAAGCCGGCCCGCUACCGCCGUGGCUUCAUCCACAAUGGCAUCAUGGUCCUCCCGCGGCAGACCUGCGGCCUCUUCACGCACACCAUCUUCUACAAUGAGUACCCUGGUGGCUCCAGUGAGCUGGACAAGAUCAUCAACGGGGGCGAGCUCUUUCUCACCGUGCUCCUCAAUCCUAUCAGCAUUUUCAUGACGCACCUGUCCAACUAUGGGAAUGACCGCCUGGGCCUGUACACCUUCAAGCACCUGGUGCGCUUCCUGCACUCCUGGACCAACCUCCGGCUGCAGACGCUGCCCCCCGUGCAGCUGGCACAGAAGUACUUCCAGAUCUUCUCCGAGGAGAAGGACCCGCUCUGGCAGGACCCCUGUGAGGAUAAACGCCACAAAGACAUCUGGUCCAAGGAGAAGACAUGUGACCGCUUCCCAAAGCUCCUCAUCAUUGGCCCCCAGAAAACAGGCACCACAGCCCUCUACCUGUUCCUGGGCAUGCACCCAGACCUCAGCAGCAACUACCCCAGCUCAGAAACCUUUGAGGAGAUCCAGUUUUUUAAUGGCCACAACUAUCACAAAGGCAUCGACUGGUACAUGGAGUUCUUCCCCAUCCCCUCCAACACCACCUCCGACUUCUACUUUGAGAAAAGCGCCAACUACUUUGAUUCGGAAGUGGCGCCCCGGCGGGCAGCCGCUCUGUUGCCCAAGGCCAAGGUCCUGACCAUCCUCAUCAACCCAGCAGACCGGGCCUAUUCCUGGUACCAGCACCAGCGAGCCCAUGACGACCCAGUGGCCCUGAAGUACACCUUUCACGAGGUGAUCACGGCUGGGCCUGACGCGUCCGUGAAGCUGCGUGCCCUCCAGAACCGCUGCCUGGUCCCCGGCUGGUACGCCACCCACAUUGAGCGCUGGCUCAGCGCCUUUCACGCCAACCAGAUUCUGGUCCUGGAUGGCAAACUGUUGCGAACAGAACCUGCCAAAGUGAUGGACACAGUGCAAAAGUUCCUUGGGGUGACCAACACUAUUGACUACCACAAAACCUUGGCGUUUGAUCCAAAGAAAGGAUUUUGGUGCCAGCUGCUCGAAGGAGGAAAAACCAAGUGUCUGGGCAAAAGCAAAGGCCGGAAAUACCCAGAGAUGGACCUGGAUUCCCGCGCCUUCCUGAAAGACUAUUAUCGGGACCACAACAUCGAGCUUUCUAAGCUGCUGUACAAGAUGGGCCAGACACUGCCCACCUGGCUGCGGGAGGACCUCCAGAACACCAGGUAGCCACGGCUACCUCAGCCACGCUGAACGUUUGCGAUGGCCUGGACGGCCUGCCGCAUGCUGAGCCAGACUGACCUGCAGAGUGGGGAGCUGGGCCUGGGCUGGCCAAGCACUUACGAGCAAUACUCAGCUGAGGCCCAGGCAGGGCCAGGAGAAGAGCCCAGGCAGGUCCGCAGGCACUUGAGAGCAUCCAGUGCCGGGUCUGUGGCCUACAGGACCUCCUUAGCCACCAGGGGUCCGUUCCGUUCACAGCCUUCCAUGGGGAGGCCACUUCCUGUUGGGGGGAGGCCACUUCCUGGUAGGAGGGAGUCCGUGAGACUCUUUUCUGUCCCUCACUGUGUUCUACCAACCACGCCCUCCCCGUCAUCCCAUCACUCCCUGCCCCGGGCAGGGUAUCCCCUCAGUAUUAGCUGCCCUAUUUUCCCCGUCCUCCAGACAAUAGGGAGAAGAGCCCAGCUGGGCCUUUUGCCAAACCAGGGAGAGAGACUGGAUGCUUCCCUGACUGUUUUGAGCCAGGCACUUCAGAGGGGUCAGCGGGGGACCCAGAGUCACUAGGCUGGAUGUGGGGGUGGCCACCUCAAGAGAACUCUGGACCUCCUCACACAUUCUGAUUAAUACUUUCACAUCUCACCUUCCCUUUUGGGUAAAGGAUCGCUGAUUCCUACAGUAUCCACCCAGUCCUUGGGGCCUUCUUCAGGACCCCGGGGCACCGCCAUGCCAUUUGGACCCAGAGACCCAGGCCUCCCUACCCCUGUUCCUCACCCUGGGAUAUGACGUGUGGUGUUUCCUGUGGUAAAAGACUGAGGCGGUUCAGGAGUCUGCCUGUAUACAUGUCCCAAUGUACAUAUGCUGUCCCCACGCCCACCCAACUUUGGCCCCUGGCAGACACUGGGCAGAGUGGGUGAGACUGCUGUCCAUGGCUUUGCCCCAGCUACCUGUGGCCAAGGGCUCCUAGAGACCCCCUUAACCCCCUCCCAAAUACUAAGAAGCUAAAGUAUUUUAAUAUUUUGUUUUUUUCUUGGUGCCAGAGUUUAUACCCUGGGUGCUGGGGUCGCACUGUGUUAUAUAUAUAUAUAUAUAUAUAUAUAUAUAUAUAUAAAAUGUGUAUAUAUAUAUAUUCUAUUUUUUUUGGUUGGGUUUAUUUUUAAUUCAGUCAUACAAAAUGGUGGCAAGCCCCAGUGUCACAUCUCAGUGCUAGAGAAUGGGAUGGUAGGAUGGAGGAGGGCGUGUGUCUUCAUAUGUCCGGGCCUCCAGGAGACAGUUUGGAGGUGUCCCUUGGAGAGGUCUCUGUUCCUUCCCCAAGUGUCGCGGUUGUCCUGGGGCUACCGCGGGUGAACUGAGGUGGUGAGAUGAACAGGAGAGACCUACUCCCUCCAGGAAACCUGGCUUCGUGAAGCGCAGUGACCCUGGAGGAAUUCUGGCCAAAGGCAACAGCGGGGCUGGGGCGGGAGGCUGGGGGGCCGAAGGCCAGCCUGUCCCCUCCCCCUCAUAUGGUGCUAGGUUGGGAGCUGCCCUGGGAGCCGGACUGCCCGCUGGGACCCACUGAACUGUCUCCAGGCCCCCCUCCCCCCCCACAGACCAUGGGAUCUCGGGGCUGUUUUCUGGUUAGGGUCUGCUCCUACCCCCUUCUUUAACAAUGUGAAGUGACGAAGGCUGGGCGCCUGUCCCCAGUCCCUCCCACUGCCAGGUUAGCUUCCAGCCCACCUCCAGGAAUCCCUUUCUGGAGAGCCUCGUCCUGUUCGGAAGACUCUAGCAUCUUGGGGCUGGAAGGGUCCUUUGAUGGGUAUGGAAACAGGUCCAGAAAGGGGAGGCGGCCUCCUUGGCCGAUGUCUCAGAACUGGGUGCACACGGAGCUGAGAACUGAAUCUGAGGCUCCUGAUUCUGGGUCCAGUGCUCUUCUUCCAAUGCCACACUGCCUCUGAGCCCAUCCUUGGGACCCUACUCUGUGCCAGGUUCCUGUCCCUCCCUCAGUCACACCCGUGGUCAUUCCAGGAUAGGGGACAAACCACUCCUUCCCAGCCAGGGUGCCUUUGAGCCUUCUCAGUUCCUGAUCUGCAUUUGCAGUCCUGCCUUGCUCUCCCCAAGAGGUCCUUCCCCAGUGUGCGGGGGGCCGGGUCUGGCUGAGCUCUGAACCCGUCCCCUCUUUUCAAGUUCUUCCCUGGGUGGAUACUCAGCAGAACAGCUGCGUGUGGGUCCGCUGUCCUGCGAGAGAAGCCUUCCCUUCAUGCUUCUCCUCGGGGCCUUUGAGCCUGGGAACCCCGAGCAGUGUCGACCCCGCCAGGGGUGAGGAACAGAGUGUCUGAGGACAGGGUGGCGUGCCUGCUUGUACGCCCGUGAAUGCUUGCUGGUGCCACGGCCCAGACUCGCAGGACGGGGUCUUCCGUAGUGCAGACCCCAGCGUCGUCCCCCACCUUCGAGCUCCAUGGCCUGUGAAGAGCUCGCAGCUCCCACCUGUUGAAAUGUACCCUCUGUGUCUGGACGCCUGCUCCCACCUCCGGGAGCUCAGAAGGCCUGGAGGGCAGGCAGCUCCAUUUCUCUCUGCCUCUGGUUCCAGGAAGGAGCGGGCAGUUUUGAGACCCUGUGGGACCCUGUGGGACCCUGUGGGAGCAGAGGAAAUAUUGGAGCAUUUUGUCCAGGCCCUUCUGGGAGGCUAGGGACUUGACCUGCCCCAUGUUCUAGGUCUGUCUGGUCACUGCGACUUCCUUUCCCACUGAUGAAUCUUUCUUGUGGACCCACUGCCAGGACCUGUGGAUAUUGGGGAGGGGGACACAUAAAUCCCUCUAGGGGCUCUCAGCUACUGAGCACACAGAUCCUCCACACGAGAGGUGCAAAUGGGUACAGCAUCGCAGCAUCUUUAAUGUUCGCUAAUUCACUGUGUUUGGCCAAAAAAUAAAAGAGAGAGAGAGGGAGGGAGAAAGAGAAAUAGCUUAAGUCAUGCAGCUGACUCCACCAUCCAUUCUGCCAUCUUUUCCACGAGCCUUUGCUGGGGGGAGGGCACAGGUGUCAUGGUCACCUGCAGCUGCCCGAGUCACCUGGGGUUCUAGAGCCGCCCGUAGUGCAGGCGUCUUGUGCUCGGAGGGUGAGUCUGAAGUUUAAAGAUGGGCCUCUUCCAAGCCUGUGCGUCGGAGGGCCAGCACCUCCGGGGCCCAGAUGAGGGAGCAGUGGUCUGUUUCCAGUGGAGGAAAACUAGGCUGACCCUCCAGAGAUUGGUGGUCUCAGUGGGGAGGGGUCCCCCAUGGGUUCGUUGGUAAAGGAGCAAGUGAAAACAUGUUUUACCAAUUCUUUUAUUUUGAACACCCAGUACCCUCCAUCUAGAUUUCAAAUGAACACGUUGUCGCAUUUGUUUUCUCUCUCUCUCUCUCUCUCUCGCUCUCUGUGCGUGUAUAUUUUUUUUCUGAAUUAGUUUAAAAGUAAGUUGCUGCAAAUAUCAUGAGACUUUACCAAAAUGCUUCCGCCUGGGUCCCCUAAGAGUUAGGACGUUGUCCUCCAUAAUUGGCCUGUAGCACACCAAGACCGCAGUGAUUUCCUAAGAACAUCCGCUGUUCAGUCUAUAUUCACUUGUCCCCCAGGUAACUCAUACCUGGUUUGGGAAUCAGGAUCCUGUCAAGGUGCAUAUAUGGUACCUUAUAACUGUGGUUGUCGCUCAGUCUCUUGAAAUGCUGAAAAAUCCUCUCUCCGCUCACUUUGAUUUUUUUUAAAUGACGUUAUUUCUGAGGAGAGCAGGCCUGCUGUCCUGUCCGAGUCCCACAUGCUGGGUCUGUCUGAUCAUUUCUUCAUGGUGUCAUAGAAUAUGUUCCUCCAGCCCCUGUCUUGUCAAGGGGAAUUCAGGCCGUAUGGAUUUUUGCCUUUUGUGCUGACUCGACAACUUCAUCCCGGCCUGAGAUGCCCUCUGCCGUCACCUGUACCAAGUGCCAAACCGGCAGAAGGGCUGGAUGGGGUUCCAGGAGCUCAGGGGAGGACAAGGGGGUGGCCAUUGCAGCUGGCCCUGGGUGCCCCCUAGGGGGAGGAGGCUGGGCCCUCUGGGAAGGAGAUGCCUCUGGCUCAGAAAACCCUGUGCUACCCGCUCUGAUCCUGGCGAUGGACCACACGGCACCAAAUAGAAUCUCUCUCUCUCUCUCUCUCUCUCUCUGUCUCCCUCUUUCUCUGUUUUGUGGCCUCCUGGUUUUUACUUCCCAGAGGCCCAUGGUCUGUGUGCACUGGAGCAGAGCCAGGCCCCUGGGAUGCACCAGGGAAGGGCCUAGCUGGGGAACUGCCUCCCCCAAGCUGUGGUGUGAGGAGAAGAGCACUGGGCUGGAGGCAGGAGAUGUGAAAUUUUGUCCCAACUGGGUACAUUUAGUAGCUGCGUGACAGUUUUCCUCCCAGGGCCUCAAUUUCUCCACUUGUAGCAUGAGCAGAUGGGGCUAAAGCAGGGGUUUUCAAAUGUCAAAGAAGGAAGCGGGUCUGCUCUAGGUGAAGUGAGGGUGGAGGGCCCAGGCCCCCGCCCUCAAGGCAAUGCUGGGUGCCUGGUUUGCAGCCCCGGGCUGGCUGCCCCCCCAGGGCUUGCCCUUGCCAGCUCCAACAGCCAGAGAUGUUUUUAGUUCCCACAGGGGACGGGCAUGGGCUUUGUGAAGGGUCAUCGUCAAGGGCCUGGGGAGACUCUGGCUGUGUUUUAUCCUAAUGAGUUCAUCCCUCCCUCUUUCCUUCCUCUCUCUGGCCCUUGAGGAGAAUGAAGGAGGAGAGGGUUUUCUAUGACUGUGCUAGCUUUUAUUAUAAGCAAGAGGGCUCCUUUUGUAAUUUGUGCAUGAAAUUCAUGUCAUUUCCUGGGGAGAGGAGAGGGCUGACUGGAGAGGGUGGGGGGCACACUAGGGGAGCAGACAGAGGUUUCCUUCCCUUGUGUGGGGUGGGGAGAGGGGGGAGAGGGGAUGCUACCCAGCUCACCCGAUCAGGGCUCUCGAACCAGCCGUUUUGGGUUGUGUUAAAAGUGGGAACCUUCCUCCAUUAAUGUACAAUCUCGAACUAACUGCUAAUAAAGUGGGGUUCUAUUUGUAUGCA